UAUUCAUAAAUAUAAUAUGACACAUAAAAUAUAACUUCAUUUUGCAGUUUAUGCUGGCUUCAUUUUAAAAUACGGGUUGACAGUUACCUCAGUGUUUUCUAACCAGGUCUCAGCCUUAACACUACAAAAGCUCCGGGACGAGCGGCUGCUCCCACGUCACAGCGUGUGCGUCACACAGUCUUUAUAAGCACCCCUCCGGCAGGUGCUCUGCUUCACUUCUCCCUCCGACCCCAACGCCAUGAACAACCGGGCCGACAGCCACCUGACGGCGCAGGUGGAGUGCGAGAUGGACCGACUGGGCAACGGGGCCUGGGUGAACCAGGGCUACUGUGGCUCUCCACCCCCGACCCGAACCGUCAGCACCGUCUACGCGCCCCAGACCCUUUACAAGGGCCCCACAGAGAGCAUGUACAAACUGGACACCCCCGCUCCAUUCCUCCACCCGUCAGAGGGCCCUCAGUCCACGGAGAAACCCCUGGUGAGGAAACAGAGAAGCUGCUGCUCAUUUAUCAAAGGUCUGUGGGGAACAACGCUGACUGAAAACACCUCCGACAACAGGGAGCUGUUUGUCCGAACAACCAUACGGGAGUUAGUGGUCUACCUGGUUUUCCUGGUGGACAUGUGCCUCUUGACGUACGGUAUGACCAGCUCCAGCACCUACUACUACACCAACGCCAUGACAAACCUGUUUGUCAACACACCCAGUGCCAGCGGAGGUAGCUUUCAGUCCAUCGGUGCAAUGGCCGACUUCUGGGCCUUUGCCCAGGGCCCCUUACUGGACGGCCUCUACUGGUCUACCUGGUACAACAACCAGUCCAUGAAUCAUGGAGACCAGUCUUUCAUCUACUAUGAGAACAUGCUGCUGGGAGUCCCCAGAAUCAGGCAGCUCAAGGUCAAGAACAACUCCUGCAAGAUCCCCAACGACUUCCAGGAGGAAAUAAUAGGAUGUUACGACGUGUACAGCGAGAAGAAGGAGGACGACCUUAGCUUUGGGCUCAUCAAUGGCACAGCCUGGACCUACCACACUGAGAAAGCAAUGAAUGGUUCCUCCUACUGGGGCCUGCUCACCACCUACAGCGGAGCGGGAUACUACCAAGACCUGAGUCGAACCAAAGAGGAGAGCGCGGCUGUGCUGGAGGAGCUGAUGAGCAACCUUUGGCUGGACCAAGGAACCCGGGCUGUCUUCAUAGACUUCUCCACAUACAACGCAAACAUCAACAUGUUCUGCGUUCUCACGUUGGUAGUUGAAUUCCCAGCGACCGGUGGAGCGAUCCCGUCCUACCAGAUCCGAACAGUCAAACUGCUUCGCUACGUGGCCACCUGGGAUUACUUCAUCCUGGGGUGUGAGAUGGUCUUCUGUUUAUUCAUCCUUUACUAUAUUGUGGAGGAGAUUCUGGAACUUCGCAUACAUAAGCUUGCCUACUUCAAAAGUAUCUGGAACAUACUGGAUAUUGUGAUAAUAAUGCUUGCCAUCGUCGCCAUCAUAUUCAACAUUUUCCGAACGGUCAAAGUUGACAGUCUGCUUGGCAGUCUGCUGCGUGACCCUGGCAUCUAUGCCGACUUUGAAUUUCUGGCCUUCUGGCAAACACAGUACAACAACAUGAAUGCGGUGAACCUAUUCUUUGCGUGGAUCAAGAUCUUCAAGUACAUCAGUUUCAAUAAGACCAUGACUCAGCUGUCUUCUACACUGGGACGAUGUGCUAAAGAUAUUUUGGGAUUUGCGAUCAUGUUCUUCAUCGUCUUCUUUGCCUACGCCCAGCUUGGAUAUUUGCUCUUUGGGACAGUGGUUCAAUCCUUCAGUACCUUUGCAAAAUGCAUUUCCACACAGUUCAGGAUUAUCCUUGGAGACUUUAAUUAUGAUGCCAUUGACAGCGCUAACAGAGUUCUGGGGCCAAUCUACUUUGUGACCUAUGUGUUCUUUGUCUUCUUUGUCCUGCUGAACAUGUUUCUGGCCAUCAUAAAUGACACAUAUUCUGAAGUAAAGGAGGAGCUCUCAUCUCAGAAGGAUGAUCUGCAUUUCACUGACAUUAUCAAACAGAGCUAUAUGAAGACAUUUGUGAAACUGAAACUUAAAAAGGAGAAAAUAUCGGAUGUUCAGAAGGCACUGCAGUCUGGAUCUGGAGAAAUUGAAUUCAAGGACUUCAGGGAAACUCUGAAAGGGAUGGGACAUGGUGAUGAGGAAAUUUCUGCAGCCUUCGCACAGUUUGACUGCGACAAGAACCAAAUUUUAGACACGAACGAACAGGAGAGGAUGAUACAAGAGCUGGAGGAGAAGAGGAAUGCCCUGAGUGCUGAAAUCAAUGAUCUUGGAAUGAAUUAUGAGAAAGAAUUACUGGAGAAGCCUCCCGUUAACUCUGAGCAGAGGAACGACCCCAGCCAAACCAAUGUGGACUGGGAACAGUUUCUAAGCCUGACAAGACAGUUUGUGCAUCUUGAAAACAAUAUGGCUGGAAUCACACUGAAAAUUGACCUGAUCAUGGAGAAACUAGGAUUACAAGAGAAAGCUCAUAGGAAGGACAUGAGUGAUGAUGGGAGUGUCCUGGUUUCCAUGGACAAAGCGCCACUUCAACUGGAUUCUUCAUUUGUGUCUCGUAUGUAAUUAACCUCCGUCAGCGGGUCACUGAAACAACAAACAAGUCUCCAACGUUCAAUGUGAAGGUUCAUCAAGGUGUAUAAAUCAACUGACAGUAUGAUCCGCUGCUUUUUAGUUACAGACACUGUAACAUGUCUAUACUGUACACAUUAUGGAAUUCUUUAUUAGCAGAUUGUACUAGUGCUAAUUUAUUAACCUGGCAAUGGAUUAGGUAAAUAUAAACAUAUGUGCCUAGCUUAUGCAACUUUAGGCAUCGCACUCAAUGUUUGCUUUGCAUUUAAUGCCUAUGAAAGCUCUAUUACAGUUGCUCAUUGUGUACCAACCAUUUUGCAAUUACAUGUUUAAAAUAGAAGUGAUUAUUUACUCCAUUAUUCUUUAUCAAAUACACAUUUCCCAGGCUAUUUUAUCUAAGUAAACAAAAUUUGUCAAAUUUCUUUGUUUACAAGUAAAUUACCAAAUUAAUUGAAGACAGAUUCCAGCUAAUGUAUAGAAAACAGAUGCUACAAAUGUCGUAAUGUCUGUUUAAUAUUUGUUAAGUAGGUACUUUAUGGUGUCUGAAGGUGGUCUAAGGCAUUAGUACUUUUGAUGUGUUGCCGUUGGGAUUUUUGUGUAAAACAUUUAAUGACCAAAACAUUUGCUUAACAACUAUGUUCAAAAGUCUCUUUAUUUGAAGUGUCUUGAGUUCUCCCAUUAAAUGGAAAAUUCAAUUCAUUCUCUCAUAUUACUGCAAAAAGCAAAAAUUACCAGUACAUUCAAUAUUUUAUGCAACAAAUAUAUCACAUAUCUUAAAGUGUGUAGUUCAAGCUCAAACAUCAACUGCUUUCUGUCACAUCCUGAAAGAGGCACACAAACGUAAAGAUGGGAAAAUCAAUAAAGGAAAAACAAUUAGUCUGCAGUAAAGCCAGUAAACAAUGCCAAAGUUGACAUUAUUGCUUGAGGCUUAUUCAUAAAUUAUAUUACCAAAAUUGAAAUCAUGGCAGUUCAGUUUAUAGCUAUGUACAGUACUUUCACUAAGGUUUAUGAUCAAAGUUUAUAUUUACAAACCUGUGUUGUCACAUAGCCCCCCCCCAAA